AUGACAGACUCCGGAGAGGAUUCUCUGGAGCUUGACCAACCUCCCUCACACCACAUCAAAAAGCCAUGGGUAAUUCCAGCGCCAAAGAGGACCCUGGAGUGCAUCUUUGGGACCAGCAAGGUGUUCCAGAACUUUGAUGAUGCACAACCAAAGGUCGCGGGGUUAACAGUGCCCCUCAAAGUCAGGGAGUACUACCACUGUGGCCAGCAGUGCUUGGAGCAAAGCGACUGGGAGAUGGCUGUGCUGUACUUCUCCCGUGCCCUUCAGCUGGACUCCCGGCUGAUAGAUUUCUACGCCUUACGAGCCGAAGCCUAUAUCCAGCUCUGCGACUUCUCCUCUGCUGCCCAGAACCUGAGAAGGGCCCACGCCUUUAAACCAGAGAACCUGGAAUACCUGGAGCGGCUCAGCUGGGUGCUUUACCUGCAGGGCCAGUGCCUGUUUGAGCAGCGUGCUUUCAUGGACGCCCUGAACGUCUUCUCACAGGCCUCUGAGCUCCAGUCCGAGAACCCCUGCUUCCGCUACCGAUGCAUGGCCUGUCUGCUGGCCCUCAACCGGCACCAGGAGUGCCUCACCCUCGUCAGCAAGGAGGUGAAGAGCGGCACCAACAAUGCCGACAUCUACAUCCUGCGGGCCAGGCUCUACAACUACUUCCAGAAGCCCAACUUCUGCUAUCGGGACCUGCACAAAGCCUUGCUGCUGGAUCCCACACACCCGAAGGCCAAGGUGCUGCUCAGGAUGAUGGUGGACCAGGCCCAAGAGGCCCGGCAAGAGGCGGGGGUGCUAGCUGUUCAAGGCAAACUGCGGUAUGCACUGAAGCGCAUCAACUGUGCCAUCGAGAACAACCCCCUGGACCCCAGCUUCUUCCUCUUCCGGGGCACCAUGUACCGACAGCUCGGGGAGUUUGAUGCCGCCGUGGAGGACUUCCUGAAAGCCCUGGACAUGGCCAGCGAGAGCGAAAGCGACAUGGUGCAGCAGGCCCAGCGCCAGCUGCUGCUGGCCUACAACGACUUCGCGGUGAACUGCUACCGGCAGGGGGCCUACCAGGAGAGCGUGCUGCUGCUCAACAAGGCCCUCAGGGACGAGCAGCAGGAAAAAGGCCUCUACAUCAACCGUGGUGAUUGCUUCUUCCAGAUGGGCAACCUGGCUUUUGCUGAGGCGGACUACAAGCAGGCGCUGGCCUUGAGCCCGCAGGACGAGGGCGCCAACCUGCGGAUGGGCCUGCUGCAGGAGAGGAUGGGCUUCUGCGAGCAGAGAGGCCGGAAGUUCGAUAAGGCAGAGCACCACUUCUCAAUGGCCAUCCAGCACAACCCCCAGAAGCCCCAGUAUUACCUUUACCGGGCCAAGGUCCGGCAUCUCCUGCAGAACAUUUUGGGGGCCCGCCAGGAUGUUGUCACAGUCCUUCUCCUCGAACCCAAGCACCCGAAGCUGCCCUCCAUGCUGAUGAGCCUCUUCCCGGGCAUGUCAGUGAAGGAGGUGCUUAGCAGCCAGGUGGCCCACCUGGCCAGGUUGCAGCUGGAUCGGAUGAGGGAGAACUUCCUGAAGGCCGACAUUUCUCAAGGCAUCGUGGGGCAGCUCAGGGAACGGGAACUAGAGCGCCAGAAGGCACGGUCCCUGUGGGAGCAGGAAGAGCCCUCGCAGGAUACCUCUGAGGACCUAGAAGCCAUUGCGAAGAGUCCGCAGACAGAGUCAGAACACCCUGAGGAAGAGACCCCGGCCUCCGAGGUGGAGGAAGAGGAGAAGCCGGCGCCUGCCCCUGCCAAGGUGGUGUCCCUGACUGACAGCUACCAGACCUCCUCAGGCUCCAGCCUGUGCUUCAGGACUGCGUACAUCUCGGAGACAGAGACGUCCACUGCCUGCCAGGAGUACAGGAGCACCUCGAACACCAUUGUCACAGUCUCCGACUCCUCACUGCUGAAGUCUCAGUCCUCAGAUCUGGGGAUCUGGGAAGACCAAAACCUGACUGAUAGCCCCAGAAAAACCAAGGCCACCCAGGACCACAGCCAGAGUCCCAGCAAAACAGAAGCCAUUCAGGGCCAGAGUUCCGGCAAGACAGAGUCUGCCCAGGACAAGAGCCAGAGUCCUAGUAAAAUAGAGGCUGCCCAGGACCGGAGUCCCAGCAAGACACGGGCCGCCCUGGGCAGGAGUCCCAGCAAGACACAGGCCGCCCUGGGCCGGAGUCCCAGCAAGACACAGGCCGCCCAGGGCCGGAGUCCCAGCAAGACACAGGCCGCCCNGGGCCGGAGUCCCAGCAAGACACAGGCCGCCCAGGGCCGGAGUCCCAGCAAGACACAGGCCGCCCAGGGCCGGAGUCCCAGCAAGUCAGAGGCUGCCCAGGACCAGGGACGGAGUCCCAGCAAGUCAGAGGCCGCCCAGGACCAGAGCCGGAGUCCCAGCAAGACACAGGUCGCUCGGGACCGGGGUCCUAGUAAAACAGAGGCCGCCCAGGACCAGAGUCCCAGCAAGACACAGGCCGCCCUGGGCCGGAGUCCCAGCAAGACAGAGACUUCCCAGGACCAGAGCUGGGGACUAAUCCGAAGUUCUAGCAAGACCGAGGCUUUUGAUGACUCAAGUCAGAGCCCCAGCAACACUGAACUCACCCAGGGCCUAUGCCAGACCCCCAGUAAGGUCACAGAUGCCCAGACCCAGACGCAAAGCUCAAGCCCAUAUUCUAGCAACAGCGAAGUCCCCCAGGACCUGAGCCAGAACCCCAGCAGCAUCAAGGUCAACCAGGACUCCAGCUUGAGCAGUCACACUUCCAUCUGACAGCGCCACCGAGGC